AAUGUCUGUCUGCUUCUGCCUCCUCCCUCCCUCCAAGUCCCUUAGCCACUGGAGGCCGUCGCUCGACGCCGGCCCUGGUGCCAAACAGGCAGGGGGCGUGCCCCGGGGGGCGUGCCGGAGCGCGCCCCGCUCCCGGCCGUCAGCCCCGCCCCCGCCCCGCCCCCGUGCCGGCGCGGCUGCCUCCUCCGCGCCGCGUCCUCUGGCUCUCUCAGUCCUCGCGGCACGCCGUUGCCUCUCUCCCUGAGAACGUCCCGCGCCCGCAGUCGGCGCCGCACUCCGCGGCAAGCUCUCCGUGGCCAGCGCUCCGCACAGGGUCGCCCUCCGCGUGCCUGUCUCUGCCGCGGUCGCGGCCUCUCAGAGCUCCGGGGCGGGCCAUGGAGGCAGACGGGGCCGGCGAGCAGAUGAGACCGCUACUCACGCGGGGUCCUGAUGAAGAAGCUGUUGUGGAUCUUGGCAAAACUAGCUCAACCGUGAACACCAAGUUUGAAAAAGAAGAAUUAGAAAGUCAUCGAGCUGUAUAUGUUGGUGUUCAUGUGCCAUUUAGUAAAGAGAGUCGUCGGCGUCACAAGCAUCGAGGGCACAAACAUCACCACCGGAGAAGAAAAGACAAAGACUCAGAUAAAGAAGAUGGACGGGAGUCUCCUUCUUAUGACACACCAUCACAGAGGGUACAGUUCAUCCUUGGGACUGAAGAUGACGAUGAGGAGCAUAUUCCCCAUGACCUCUUCACAGAGAUGGAUGAGCUCUGCUAUAGAGAUGGAGAAGAGUAUGAAUGGAAGGAGACAGCCAGGUGGCUGAAAUUUGAAGAGGAUGUUGAAGAUGGUGGUGACCGAUGGAGUAAACCCUAUGUGGCAACUCUGUCUUUGCACAGUCUCUUUGAACUGAGGAGUUGUAUCCUAAAUGGAACAGUCAUGCUGGAUAUGAGAGCAAGCACUCUCGAUGAAAUAGCAGAUAUGGUGUUAGACAACAUGAUAGCAUCUGGCCAGUUAGAUGACUCCAUAAGGGAGAACGUCAGAGAAGCUCUUCUGAAGAGACAUCAUCAUCAAAAUGAGAAAAGGUUUACGAGUCGGAUUCCCCUGGUUCGAUCUUUUGCAGAUAUAGGCAAGAAACAUUCUGAUCCUCACUUGCUUGAAAGGAAUGGCAUUUUGGCUUCUCCACAGUCUGCUCCUGGAAACUUGGACAAUAGUAAAAGUGGUGAAAUGAAAGGUAACGGAAGUGGAGGAAGCAGAGAAAAUAGCACUGUUGACUUUAGCAAGGAGUCUGCCUCCUGGCACUGUAGUUGUGGCACACUGGGUGUGGGACUCAAGAGGCCCGCUGUUGACAUGAAUUUCAUGAGGAAAAUUCCUACAGGAGCUGAGGCAUCCAAUGUUUUGGUAGGAGAAGUGGACUUCUUGGAGAGGCCUAUCAUUGCGUUUGUGAGACUGGCUCCUGCAGUUCUCCUCUCAGGGUUGACUGAGGUUCCUGUGCCCACUAGGUUUUUGUUUCUGUUACUGGGACCAGCGGGGAAGGCCCCACAAUACCAUGAAAUUGGCAGGUCCAUAGCAACUCUCAUGACAGAUGAGAUUUUUCAUGAUGUGGCUUAUAAAGCAAAAGAUCGAAAUGACCUCCUAUCUGGAAUUGAUGAAUUCUUAGAUCAAGUAACUGUCCUUCCUCCAGGAGAGUGGGAUCCUUCCAUACGCAUAGAGCCUCCAAAAAGUGUCCCUUCUCAGGAAAAAAGGAAGAUUCCUGUGUUUCCCAAUGGAUCUGCUCCAAUGUCUGUUGACCCUCCUAAGGAGGCUGAUCAUCAUGCUGGGCCUGAGCUGCAGAGGACUGGACGGCUUUUUGGUGGUUUGAUACUUGACAUCAAAAGGAAAGCACCUUUUUUCUUGAGUGACUUCAAGGAUGCAUUAAGUCUGCAGUGCCUGGCCUCGAUUCUUUUCCUAUACUGUGCCUGUAUGUCUCCUGUAAUCACUUUUGGAGGGCUGCUUGGAGAAGCUACAGAAGGCAGAAUAAGUGCAAUAGAGUCUCUUUUUGGAGCAUCAUUAACUGGGAUUGCCUAUUCAUUGUUUGCUGGGCAACCUCUAACAAUACUGGGGAGCACAGGUCCAGUCCUAGUGUUUGAAAAAAUUUUAUUUAAAUUCUGUAGAGAUUAUCACCUUUCCUAUCUAUCAUUAAGAACCAGUAUUGGUCUGUGGACUUCUUUCUUGUGCAUUGUAUUGGUCGCAACAGAUGCAAGCAGCCUUGUUUGUUACAUUACUCGGUUUACAGAAGAAGCUUUUGCGGCUCUCAUUUGUAUCAUAUUCAUCUAUGAAGCUUUGGAGAAACUCUUUCAUUUAGGAGAAAUAUAUGCAUUUAAUAUGCACAACAACUUGGAUGAAUUGACAAGUUACACAUGUGUAUGUGUUGAGCCAUCUGACCCUAGCAAUGAGACUCUAGAACUGUGGAAAGAAAAAAAUGUGACAGCAGACAGUAUUUCCUGGGCAAACCUUACUGUUUCUGAGUGUAAGACCUUCCAUGGUAUGUUUGUGGGAUCAGCUUGUGGGCCUCAUGGGCCUUAUGUUCCUGAUGUGCUCUUCUGGUGUGUCGUCUUGUUUUUCACGACGUUCUUUCUGUCUUCAUUCCUCAAGCAGUUUAAGACCAAGAGGUAUUUUCCUACCAAGGUGCGAUCAACAAUCAGUGACUUUGCUGUAUUUCUCACAAUAGUAAUAAUGGUUGCAGUUGACUAUCUUGUAGGAAUUCCAUCUCCUAAACUUCAUGUUCCUGAAAAGUUCGAGCCUACUGAUCCAAGUAGGGGCUGGAUCAUAAGCCCUUUGGGGGAUAACCCUUGGUGGACCUUACUAAUUGCAGCAGUUCCAGCUCUUCUUUGUACCAUUCUCAUCUUUAUGGAUCAGCAGAUCACAGCUGUGAUCAUCAACAGAAAAGAACACAAACUCAAGAAAGGAGCUGGCUAUCACCUUGACUUGCUCAUGGUUGGUGUCAUGUUGGGAGUCUGCUCUAUCAUGGGCCUGCCGUGGUUUGUGGCUGCAACAGUAUUGUCUAUAAGUCAUGUCAACAGCUUAAAAGUAGAGUCUGAAUGUUCUGCUCCAGGGGAACAGCCCAAGUUUUUGGGGAUUCGUGAACAGCGGGUUACAGGACUGAUGAUUUUUAUCCUGAUGGGCCUCUCUGUGUUCAUGACUUCAGUAUUAAAGUUUAUCCCAAUGCCAGUUCUGUAUGGUGUUUUCCUUUAUAUGGGAGUUUCAUCAUUGAAAGGAAUUCAGUUUUUUGACCGUAUCAAGUUAUUUGGAAUGCCUGCCAAACACCAGCCGGAUCUCAUCUACCUCCGCUAUGUCCCUCUGUGGAAGGUGCACGUGUUCACAGUCGUCCAGCUCACGUGCCUAGUCCUGCUGUGGGUGAUCAAAGCCUCUGCUGCUGCAGUAGUUUUUCCCAUGAUGGUUCUUGCGUUAGUCUUUGUGCGCAAGCUCAUGGAUCUGUGUUUCACAAAGAGAGAACUCAGUUGGCUUGAUGAUCUCAUGCCAGAAAGUAAGAAAAAGAAAGAAGAUGACAAAAAGAAAAAAGAGAAAGAGGAAGCUGAACGGAUGCUUCAGGAUGAUGGGGAUACUGUGCACCUUCCAUUCGAAAGAGGGAGUCUCCUACAAAUUCCAGUGAAAACCCUAAAAUAUAGUAUUGACCCUUCAGUUGUUAACAUAUCAGAUGAAAUGGCCAAAACUGCCCAGUGGAAGGCACUUUCCAUGAAUACUGAGAAUGCCAAAGUAACCAGACCUAACACGAGCCCUGAAAAGCCUGUGAGUGUGACAAUAAAUUUCGAAGAUGAACCAUCAAAAAAAUACAUGGAUGCUGAAACUUCAUUGUAAAGUCAAACCAAAAGGAAUAUAUAGAGAUAUAUGCCUAUCUGUAUAUAUAUAUAUAUAUACACACACAUAUCUAUGUAUAAAAAGCACAUGUGCCAUGCCAUUAUGUAUACAGUACUUUGGGGCUUUUUCAAGUAGCAUCAGAUGUUUGUUGUGAGCACCAUGGAGACUGCAUUAAUGCAGUGGUCUCUUAGACUCGAGGUACAUGGUUUUUUACUCCAGAUUUUUUUUUUGAAGGUAAAGUCUUUUUGUUAUGCAAUAGAAAGAUGUGGAGAACUGCGCUCAAUCUGCUUUUCUUUAAUCUCUAUCAGUGGCAAUCAAUCAUAUCAAUCUUAAGUGAUACAUACUUAGUCUGUAUACUUAGGAUUUGACCUGAAUUUCAAAAGAUUUUUGUUUCCCUUUUGGUAGUGUUUAUAGGUAGAAUAAGGAGUCUGCCCAUGUGGUGGGAAAAUGACAUGCCCUGGCUUCUCUGUGGGCUUGCUUCAUGUAUCUGUCCAUCACACUUUACAGGUGAUGAACAUAGCAGUGAUUAUAUAUUAGUGGAGACUUUCUAAGAAGGAACUUUAUGUCUUAGGAGUUAUUUUUUAAAACUUUCAUAUUUGAGCUUCCAUUUUGAUGGACACAUUAAAAAUUUUUAUGUCACUUCUAAUUUAAUACCCACACAAGUCAUAACGUUUUCAGUUUUAAAACCUAUGAAGUGCCCAUUUACAAUGGUUAAAUUUUGUUACCUUUGUGGCAAGGCUUUUCCGAUACUCAAUACUUGCCUAGAAACCAGAGUCCCAUUGUUCUGUCUUUGUUUUUUCUACUUAGGUGGUCUAGUGUGUCAGGUUCAAGAAUCUUUCUGUUGUAAGUAGUAAUGAAGAGUCAGCACCCUUUCAAGUAGGCUUGGGAUCAAUGUUCCUUUAUAAGAGUUACCUUUCAUUUUCUGUGCUUAUCUUUCCAUUAUAUACAGUGCAUUUAUUUGGUUACUAUCCAUAAUUUCCUUUUAAAAUAUUUAUUAUAAUUGAUGUGAUACUUAAAUAUAUAAAUAUUUGGGACAGUAACAAAAUAGAGUAAUUUGUUCCUGUUGUAGAUAUUUGGUGCUUACUUGCAUUUCUGAUCAUAUCCUGAAAACAGGUGACAAAUCUUUCAUCCUUUACUAUAAAGCACUGCCAUAUUUAUAUUUUUAAAAGGAAGUUGGAUAUUUCCUGUACAGCUUAGAUAAAUGGCUUUUUUUCUGUUCUGUGAUAACAUUGACUUUCCAGUAUUUCUGAGCUGUCUCUUAAACGUGUAGCAAAUAUUCAUAGCUCUCCACAGAAUAAGUAUGUGCUGUUUUAGCCUUUGGGACAGAAUAUUUGGGGCCAUGAAACUUGAUUUGACAAGAGGAUAGAUAACACAUAGAAAUGGUGAGGAAACCCCAGAAACACUGAAGGUGAUGAAACAUGAAGGUUCGGGCAAAAAUGUUUUAAGGAAAUUCUAAUUUUCUCUAGCCACUGCAAAGUAAAUUUUAAAAAUAUGAAGAAACCGAUCUUUAAAUCAAAUGCAGAGAAUUGCCGAAAGUAGACUAUUUUUAGCAAGUUUGAAAUCAUUUUAGUUUAUUCUAAACAAUGUACCAAUUAAUGUAAUUCCCUCAUCUGAGAUAGUUGGAUUCUUAUUAAAAUAGUAGUUGGUAACAUCUAAGGAGUUCUUUUGGACUUCUUAGCAUAUGAUGGGGAAUAUCGCCAUGGUGCUUAUGGUCAUAGGUGACCUCCAUUGAAAUGGUUCCUUUUCACUCAGCAGCACAUUGAUUUCCAAAGUUUCCAUUUGCUGCUAAUUAUAACCCUACCCUCACCCCUCAUGUACCCAAACAAGAGAAUUUCCAAACACCAUUUCCUUGUGUCAGAACAUCAAAGGGUUAAAUCUAUUUUACAGAAAAUGAUUUUAAAAUUUAAACUGAAAACUACCUGUUAUCAUAAUCUUCCUGUGAUUUGUUUAAUUAUUAAUGUAUUAUACAAUGUGUGUGGGGAAUCAUGACGUACAGAAUACUUUGUCUCUAAGAUGUUUCACUGUGGUUUUGGUUAUUAAUGCCUUCUGCUUUCUUUUGACUACUUGACUUACAAAGUGAUCUAAUACGACUACUCCCCUGAAGAGCAGAGGUAAUUUACUGCUUCUUUCAGGUGGUUACAUUUCUUGUGCUAUUUUUGAAAAUAACAAUCAUGAAUAACAUUCAUUGCAAGACAGCAAGAGAGAUAAUUUAGUAUAUGUAUUGAUUCUUUUAAAUGCUGCCUUAAAUAGGUGUAUAUGAGUAGUAGUAAUUGCUAUGUACUGAUUUACCUCAAGGUGCAAAAUAAUUAAACUUGUACAUACCCAUUUACAGAAUAAGUUCAGAGACACAGCCCUGCACUUUCUUAGAUGCCUUGAUUUUCAGAUGGAGCUUAGUGCUACUGAACACCACGGCCAUGGGGCCACCUCAGGACGUCCUUCCCUCCACCAUAUUUUAUUUAUUUAUAGAUGUGUGUUUACAAAGACUAUAAUGAAGCCUGGUGUUAACUAUCUGAUACUUAGUUCCUUUUAUUGCUAUUUCAAUCUAAAGUAGGAGCUUUUGAGAAAACAAUAAACUAGCUUCCCAAUGCUAAAGGGGUGAUUCUAUAUAUAUUUUUAAUAAUAUUAGAUAUGCGAAAGUAAAGUACAAGGUCUUUAAAAUAUUGUAUGAGUGUUUGUGUAUGUGUAUGAAAUCACUCUUAACUCUCUUCACUUUUUUAAAACUCGUGGCAUAUCAAUGUUCAGCUUUGCCAAUCUUUCUCUAAGAUACGUAGGUUGAAAUGUUUUUGUGUGUUAAUGCAUGUAUUUAUAAAGAUUUGUUUACUGCUGAGAAUCACUAACUCUUGUUUCUAUCCCCAAAGUGUUUGUUUCUUCCACAUACUGGAAGGUUUGGCUUGAGUAUAAGCUUUCUGGCUUUCCUUUCACAAAGGCAGGUUCAGAAUUGUACAGAAAGAAGAUUGGUCUCUGACAAUGAGAUGUCAUGCCAGAGCUUCCUGUAGUUUCAUCAGUGUGUACAGCUCAGCAUCUCCACAUCUGCGUCCUGACAAAGUACUCAGAGUGGGAUAUGUGAGCCAUUAAUAGAACAUUGUAAUUCAAAUAGUUUAUUUAAGUAACUUACAUGUCUGAAAUUUAUUUAUGUAGGUUCCAUCAUUGUUAUCAUUUGUAGUGCAAAUACAUGAACUGUCUUCAUUUAGUCCAAUAAUUAUUUAUUUUUAGAAAGUAAAUUUAAAGACAAGCUGCAUUCAACUUUUAAAAUAGUGUUCUAAUCAUAAAAUGUGAUCAUUUAAAUUGUAAGGUCUCUUUUAACUUUCUGGAAAGUAAAUUGUCAAAAGGAAUCAUGUAAAGAUUAUUUUAAAAUUUUAACUUGUAUGUACUUAAAGUGUAAGCCCCAGUUCUGUUGUUUCUAAUCAUUUUUUGCACAUUCAUUGUUUCUGUUCUGUAGCUUUUCUUUUGUUCCUUUGUUUAAGAUUUUUGGCUUUGUAUGGGUAAGGUGUCUUCCAGUGUUUACUAUGUAAGGCUUAAAUUAAAAUUUAAAUUUAUUGUCCAUUUAUAUAAUAUUUGAUACCUUGGUGUAACUUCUCAAUACAAUUACAAUUUUUAUGACAUUUAUAAUUGCAAUGGUAUUUUCUUUUGUAAUAAAAUCCAAAGUCAAUUAAACAAAUUGUAGACCUGAUAUUUUUCAUCUAUAUGAAGUACAAGUCUCUACCUGAGUCUAUAAUGUGAACCAUCCUGCCUUUCACAUUUGUUUCCUAAUUGUUAGAGAAAACUAUUUUUUUGUAGAUGUUAUUGAAAGUUGAAAGAGCAAUAAAAGUCUACAUAGCAAGU